AUGGCGUGGCGCGGCCCCGCCACCCGGGCCGUCCUCGCCGCCGUCCGCCGCCCGGCCGCGGUGCCCGCGGCCGCACGCCUCCACGCCCCGCGACCGUUCGCGGCCCCGCGCCGCCGCGUCCCGUCCGCCUUCGCCACCUCCUCCUCCCCGCUCCCCUCCGCGCGGCCUCUGGCGGCGAUGAUGGGGUCCCCGGUGACGGUGGCCGCGGUGAUGGCGCGUCUCACGGCGCACCCCGGUGCCAGCGCGCGGGCGUGCUGCGAGCUCUCCCAGGGUACUUGA